GAGAUGCUGAAGGAUGAGGUGAGGACGCUCACCUACAGGAACUCCAUGUACCACAACAAGCACAUCUUUAAGGAUAAAAUAGUGCUGGACGUUGGGAGUGGGACUGGAAUCCUCUCCAUGUUUGCAGCUAAAGCUGGGGCCAAGCAUGUUUAUGGGAUUGAGUGUUCCAGUAUAUCAGAGUACUCAGAGAGGAUCAUCAAGUCCAACCACCUCGACAGUGUUAUCACCAUUUUCAAAGGAAAGGUGGAGGAGGUGGAGCUUCCAGUGGAGAAUGUUGACAUCAUCAUAUCUGAAUGGAUGGGCUACUGCCUUUUCUAUGAAUCCAUGCUCAACACCGUCAUCUUUGCCAGGGACAAGUGGCUGAAACCAGGUGGGUUAUUGUUUCCUGACAGAGCCUCCUUGUACGUUGUGGCCAUAGAGGACAGGCAGUACAAAGACUUCAAAAUACACUGGUGGGAGAACGUGUACGGUUUUGACAUGACGUGUAUUCGUAAUGUGGCUAUGAAGGAGCCCCUGGUGGACGUGGUGGACCCCAAACAGGUGGUGACCAACUCUUGCUUGGUGAAGGAGGUGGACCUCUACACYGUGAAGCCAGACGACCUCUCGUUUACCUCCCCUUUCUGCUUGCAAAUCCAGAGGAACGACUACGUCCACGCUCUGAUUACUUACUUCAACAUAGAGUUCACUAAGUGUCACAAGAAGACUGGAUUUUCCACAGCUCCAGAUGCUCCAUACACCCACUGGAAGCAGACCGUGUUUUACCUGGAGGAUUACUUAACGGUGCGACGAGGAGAAGAGAUCACCGGCACCGUUGCGAUGAAGCCCAAUGAGAAAAAUAUUCGCGACUUGGACUUUACUUUUGAACUGGAUUUCAAAGGGCAGCUCUGUGAAGCGGCGAUAUCUCACGACUACAAGAUGCGUUAAGUUGGAUGGUUGGAGUCCUGAGCGCCACGGGGAGGCUGAGACGGAUGGAUAUAAGGGGGU